AUGGUUAGAAUAUUAACCAAAACUUUAAAUUUACGUUCUUUAUCUGAAUAUGGACUUAAAAGAAGUGGUAUGCCUUUAUUUAAAACUAUUCAGCACAUGAUUAGUUAUAAAUCCCAUACAGAUGAACUCAAAUCAAAAGUAUCCCUCAAGGAUUUAUUUACUAAACCAUAUUAUAAUACAUCUGUUCUCAGAAAUGGCUUGCGUGUUGCUACAUAUGAGACAAGUGAUUCAGCUAUAACAUUUGGUGUUUGGAUAGAUAGUGGAAGCCGCUAUGAAUCUAAGGAAAAGAACGGUGUUGCUCACUUUUUAGAACAUAUGAUAUUUAAAGGUACAACGAAAAGAUCAAGAUAUCAACUUGAAUCUGAAAUCGAGAAUUUGGGUGCUCAUUUAAAUGCAUACACAUCACGAGAGCAAACAGUGUAUUAUGCUCGAUGCUUUAAUAAAGAUUUACCACAAUGUAUGGAGCUAUUAGGUGAUAUAUUGCAAAAUUCAGUAUUGGAUCCUGCUGCAAUUGAGGCUGAAAGAUUUGUAAUUUUGCGAGAAAUGGAGGAGAUAGAAAAGACACCGGAGGAAAUUUUAUUUGAUCGUCUACAUAUGGCUGCAUUCAAAAAUAACUCUCUAGGAUACACGAUAUUAGGCCCACCAGAAAAUAUAAAAACGAUAAAUAGAAAUGAUUUAUUGGAUUAUAUUCAGAAAAAUUACUUAGCAGAAAGAAUGGUAAUAGUAGGUGUCGGUAAUUUGAAACAUGCAGAAUUUGUUAAACAUGUGGAAAACAACUUUUCAAAUAUACCUAGUAAAUCUAAAUUUGAAAUUCCUUUAGAUUCAAGUUAUCCAAAUUUUAGUGGAUCAGAAAUAGUUGAUAUGAAUAAUAAUUAUGAUCAAAUUGUACAUUUAGCAGUCGCCUAUGAAGGAGUACCAUGGGAUCAUCCAGACAUGCCGGCAUUUAUGUUGAUGCAAAGUAUUAUUGGGAGUUAUAGGAAGAAUGAAGAUUACUUAAUUCCACCAAAGAUAUCAACUAAUAAAACGAUUUAUAAUAUAGCCACAGGAUCUGAGACGGGAGAUAUUCAUUCUUUUAGUGCAUUUAACACUUGCUACAAAGAUACAGGUAUUUUUGGAUGGUAUGCUGAGUGUGAUAGGAAAGCUGUAAAUUAUUGCAUAGAUCAUAUGAUGCUAGCUUUCACGUCAUUAUCAUACUCCAUAACUGAUGAAGAAGUUUUUAGAGCUAAAAAUCAGUUAAAGUUGCAGCUAUUUAGUUCUAUUGAAACCCCAAAUAGUAUAGCAGAAGAAAUUGGUCGACAUCUACUCGUAUAUAAUAGAUACGUCCAUAUGCUAGAAUGGAUUAAGCGGAUAGAUGCAAUAAGUGUUCAAGAUUUAAAGAGAGUAGCUUUUAAAUAUCUUUAUGAUGCAAAGAUUGCAUUUACUACAAUGGGAGCUAUCGAUAAAAUCCCAGACUAUACAACUUUAAGGGUCAAGACUUCUCAAUUAAAAAGUUAA